AUGCCAAACACCCAUAUCAAUGCAGAAGACAUCGAAGUGAUUGGACGAAAUUGCCCUCAGCUCAAGUCCUUCAAGAUAUCUCACAUGAGGUACACAUGGACAGGGCCAUACCUCCAAUGUGACGAUCAAGCUGUUGCCAUUGCAAAUAACAUGCCUGAGUUACGCCAUUUGCAGAUUUAUGGUGAUGAGAUGACAAAUGAUGGAUUGGAGGCCAUUCUUAACGGAUGCCCUCACCUUCAAUCCCUCGACAUUUAUAUGUGUUGUAGGUUUGAACUUGACAGGAAUUUAGUAAAAAAGUGCAUGGAACGGAUCAAAGAUUUUAAGCACAACUCAACACAAAACUCUGAUGAUGAUUCUGAUGAUAUGUAUAUGUAUUCCUCUGGGUCCGAUGUUGAUGAAUCUUCUGAAGCGGAUGAUUAG